AUGGUCCGGAUAAUGAAAGGCGAAAAGAGUCUGGACCUCCUACAGGGACUCUUGGUCUUCAUAGCCUGGCACCAUCACUACAUGGACGUCCAAGCCGUUUCCAUCACGAUGCUUCUUCAGUUGUGCUUGGGCAUUGCUCACGACCUAGGUCUGGACAGCAUAGGGAGGACUGUGAGGAGUCCUCUACAAAAGGAAAGCCCGCGAGACAGGGAAGCUAAGCGGGCUUAUUUGGGAUGUUACUACUUAUCUUCCAACCUGGGUCUGAUGGAGCCAGUCAAAGCAAGGACCAUGACGCACACCAGCACACUCCGGAACUACGCGUCAGAAUUGGCCUCAUCGUGGGAAAACACGUCAGAUGCCGUCCUUCCAAUACUAACGGAUGUCUGCCAAUAUAUGGAGGAUGUGGAGGAGACUUUCCGUAACCAGUCAGAGCAAGCAGUGGUGGUUCGUACACAAGUUAAACGACUGAGCGACAAGUGGGAGAAUAUCCGUCUUGCAUCCAAGCUGCAAGCGAAAGAUUUCACACGCAUACACCUGUAUCGAACGGCAGCUUCCAUCGAUCUCGUAGAUCGCGAUAGUACACCGUGGGCUUCGGGCUUUCAACUAUCACUACGCGUCACCCUGGUCCGGUCCGUCGAACAGUUCCUCGACAACAGCACAAAGCUCCCGACCAAACAUUUCGAUUUCGUGUCGCUGAUCGACUGGCUCAACCUGAUCAACACCAUCACCAGCUUGAGCAAGUUGGCCAUUCACGCCUCGCCCAUGCCGGGUUGGGACGCUAGCGAGCUCCAAAUAGCGAAGUCAUUCGACUACUAUCGCGAACAGCUAUCCUCGCAAAUGCCUCGCCCUCGCGAUGCUCAAGACAGUCAAGAAGACGCGUUUGAGCGCUUUCGACGCAUCACUUCAGUCAUGCGACUAGCGCUGCACGAUGCAAUGGGCAGGGGAAGCCCGAACGGCAACACAUUUGAGCUAGCGACAGGCUCGGGACGGACUGUGUCUCUCCUCCACAAUCUGUCACUGCCUAAAAUCAACGGGAGUGGUACGACCAAUGGAGUGGAGAAAUUACCGAGUCUACGGGACGUGACUCCGUCGCUCGAUAUUACCAGCACCGAUUUUCACUGGAAGUUCCUCAUGGGCGCGGUCUGA